CCCGGUUAGAGUUAGAAGAAAAAGAAACCCUCGCUCACUCACAGAACCUCACUUCCUCGUCACUCGGUCGAGUUUGAAUCUCAAUUCCUCAAUUCCUCUUCUCAACCUCACUUCCUCAAUUCCUCUACCUUAACGUCGUCGCUUCCUGAAGGAUUUCUCAUUCAAUACUCCGACGCCAUUGCUGAAACCCUCAACUCGACCACUUCAGUCUUCAGCUGAAAAGGAGUAUAGACAAAGCUUAUCGAUUUGGUUGAAAGUAGAAGUUACCCUUAAAAAUGGCUGCAGCUUUGGCUUCAAAGUGUUCUCGUGUGGGCCGUUCGUUUUUGGGGGGUCUUGGCAACAACUUGUCUGGCUUAUUGAGCGCAUCACAUGAGAUGACAUGCAACACUUUCUUGUCUCAGCAACAAAGGACUUUCAUACAAAUGAGGACCAUUCUCAAAGUUGUGGACAACUCAGGGGCGAAGAAGGUGAUGUGCAUACAAGCUUUGAAGGCGAGGAAGAAAGGGGCAAGAUUGGGAGACACAAUUGUUGCAUCGGUCAAGGAGGCCCAUCCAAAUGGAAAAGUGAAGAAAGGAAAGGUAGUGUAUGGUGUGGUCGUGCGUGCUGCCAUGCAACGAGGCCGCUGUGAUGGGAGUGAGGUCAAGUUUGAUGACAAUGCUGUCGUACUGGUUGACAAGCAGGGCCAGCCAAUUGGGACUAGAGUAUUUGGACCUGUCCCACACGAGUUGAGAAAGAAAAAGCAUGUUAAGAUUCUUAGUUUGGCAGAGCAUAUUGCCUGAAGUGCAUGGCACAAUGGAAUCCAGACUAGUGUUUUUUUCCAAUUGCUUACGUAAAACCUGGUGUAAGAUUCACAAUGUUCCAAGUUAGCUGUGCUUUCAGCUAGGAUGCUUAGCUUUCCUGCAACUCCCAUUGCUGCUUGUGUAAUUACACCAAAUUUCAGUUUUCCUUAAAUUCAGUUGGAAUUAGCACUUGUAACUAUGAUUAUUAGGCUCGGUCUGUUUCUCCUCUUUGCAAGUGGGAGUAAAUCACUUCAGGCCAUAUUCUCUUUUAAAAUGUGAUAGUUAACACACUGAAUAUUGCAGACUAUACAUAUAUGUAGGUAUCUCUGCCCCAGUUACGGCUUCUUUUUG